UGUUUAGGCCCGUGGUUUAGGCGGAUUCUGUGGUGUGCAGUAAUAGUGUUCUUUGGUAUUCUGUUGGUUGCCUGAGACGGGCUGUCAAAGUGUCAAUUCGAAUCCUUUCUCAAACCUAACCAGAAAAAAAAAUAAAAGAUGCUCAGCUCAUCUCUACUCAGUGGCCUGCGAACGGCUCGCACUUCUGUGAUGGUUACGAGGAACUUAGCAGCAGCACAAAAGGUUACAGACCCUAUUCAGCAACUCUUCCUCGAUAAAAUCAGAGAAUACAAACAGAAGAGUGCUGGUGGUAAAUUAGUUAAUCCCAGUCCAGCGAUAGAGAAGGAAUUGAAAACUGAGCUGGAAAAGCUUGAGCAUCGGUUCGGAGGCGGCCCAGGAGUAGACAUGACAUCGUUCCCAACCUUCAACUUCCAGGAACCCAACAUCGACCCCAUCGAUGAUCAAGCUGCAAAAAAGUGAAGUGAUAAACAUAAAAAAAAAUUAGUUCUAAAAGUAAUAAAAUCAAGUUGCAUACUGUGUGUUAUUAAAGCCUGAUUUAA